AUGUGUGCUUGCCUGUCACACGAAUCGCAUAUCACCCAGGUUGUGUUGCGCCGAAUCUCUUCUUGCCCGCAGUAUAUGCACCUCAACGUCAUAACUCGCGAUUUUUUCAAACAGUUUAUCUGUGAUUCCUCCCUUAAUUUCCUUGGUUGAAUUGGUUUGAAUUUUGGCGCAUUAUUCAUACAAAUCUCGGUGAUAUAAUAGGCGCAUCCAGAAGAUUGAGCGCUCGUUAAGCGCUAUCCAGUAGCGCUAGCUACCGCUUUUAUUGAGCGCUCAAUCUUUUAUUGGAUGGGACGCUCAAAAUGACGCCAUUCAAACGUGCAAAAAUUCAAAUAUUAAAAAAAGAGCGGAAGAAACCAAUUUAAAAUCAAGGAUUCUACAACAGAACGACAACAAAAUAUCAACCAACAUGGAUCGACAUAGGCUAAUAAAUAUGGUGUUAGCUUUAGAGGAUGAUGAUCACCGUAUAAAUGUUAUUGGAAACAUUGCCAUGUACCUUGCGAAUCCGUUGGAACAUGUUGGACCUGGAAACGAGAGGCGUGUGAGAAAUGAAAAUUAUUAUGAAGACACCAUCCCUCGUUAUAGUUCAGAUGAUUUUCAACAACACUUCCGAAUGCAACGAGAGACCACGAACGAACUUGUAAACAUCAUUGGACAGCGUACACACCGGACUCACUUCAAAAUACCGCUGGAAAAGCAGAUAUUACUGACAAUCUGGCUAUUGGCAAAACCAGAAUCUUUUUUAGCAGCUGGUGAUCGCUUCGGGGUUGCCCACAGUACCGCACACUAUUGUUUUGCUGGAAUAACCAGGAUACUGUCAUCAUUUAUAAGGAGAUACAUCCAGUGGCCACAUGCGGACGAACGAUCAAGAAUUGUCAGAGAAUUUCAACAACGCUCUCGAGGAAUAUCCGGGGUAGUUGGAGUGAUAGCCGGGAGUCACAUCCUUAUCAAACAACCCGCCUACAACGAAGUUGACUAUUAUAAUCGAAAGGGAUUCCACAGUGUAGUACUGCAAGCCGUUUGUAACGAUAGACGAAUAUUUACAGACGUUUUUAUUGGUUCACGAGGCAGAGUACACGACGCGCGAAUAUAUCGCAAUAAUCCACUGUGCGAAAAUGUAACAAAGCGAAAUCUCAUUCCACCUGGACAACACUUGAUUGGGGACUCGGCUUACAAACUCCACGAAAAUCUAUUGACUCCCUUUAGAGAUAAUGGGCAUCUAACUGAAGAACAAAUCCGGUACAAUACCCGAUUUUCUUCAAUCAGAUCGAUUAUAGAGAGAAGCUUCGCUCUGUUGAAAGGAAAAUUUCGCAGACUGAAAUACAUAGAUAUUGCUGAUAUGGAUUUACUAAAUCACAUCAUCGCAGCAGCAUGCGUAUUGCAUAAUUUCAUUUUGAUGCAUGAACUUGAUGUUCAAGAGUUUGAUAUCGAGGAUAUGAAUAACGAAGAUUAUGCGGAUAACGAAAAUAAUAAUAUUAAUAACAAUGUAAAUAAUUUGGGAAACCAUAAAAGAAGCAGAAUUAUGGAAAUGCUCGUGUAAAAAUUCCGUGCACAUGCUAAAUAAAAUGAU